AUGUCUCUCAACACUCCCGCUGCAGGGCAAUCUGCCCCGGUCAACAACCCGGAGGCUGUUGCGUAUCGAGAGCGUGACGCGUUAUACAACUACUCGACUGGUGUUGUUGAUGUUCCACAGGGCUACAAGUACCGUCAGUAUCGUAUCUUCGGGUUCACGCUGCCUUGGUAUGCGUCGCCGAAGAUUCAAUUGGGUAUGGUUGCUUUUGUAUGUUUUCUGUGUCCUGGUAUGUUUAAUGCGCUCAAUGGAAUGGGCGGAGGAGGGUUGAAGGACACCAAGCUUGUGAAUGAUAUGAACACUGCCUUAUACAGCACCUUUGCUUUUGUCGGCUUCUUUGGAGGCACCUUCGUCAACAGGCUUGGCGUCAAGUUGACACUAGCCUUUGGUGGCAUUGGUUAUGGCAUCUACACCAUUAGCAUUCUGCUCCAUACACACUACGGAAACGAUGUCCGAGCUUUCAACAUCGUGGCAGGUGUGCUUCUUGGUGUAUGCGCAGCCAUGCUUUGGACCGCGCAAGGAACUAUCAUGAUCUCGUAUCCCCAUGAACAUCAGAAGGGUCAUUACUUCGCUUGGUUCUGGAGCAUCUUCAACAUGGGAGCCGUCAUCGGAAGCCUUAUUCCCUUGGGUGGCAACAUCAACACUGAGAACAAUGAGGAUGUUAGCGACGGCACAUACAUCGGCUUCAUCGUCUUGAUGUUCUUCGGGGCCGCAUUGGCCCUAAUUCUCUGCAACGCGAAUGAUAUUAUUCGAAGGGACGGAUCAUAUGUUAUUCUGAUGAAAAACCCAACUUGGCAAAGCGAGUUCUACGGCUUGUAUGAAACUAUCCGCUAUGAACCAUUCGUUAUCUUCUUAUUUCCCAUGUUCUUCUCAUCCAACUGGUUUUAUGUAUAUCAGCAAAAUGUGGUUAACGGUGCAUACUUCUCAACAAGGACCAAAGCGCUCAAUAGCCUGUUGUACUGGCUUGCGCAGAUUGCGGCUGCAGCGAUAUGGGGAUUCCUUUUGGACUUGGAAUAUCUUCGUCGGUCUGUGCGAGCAAAGAUUGCCUUGAUUGUUCUAUUUGUCAUGACCUUUGUUGUUUGGGGAGGAGGCUAUGUUCAUCAGAGAACUUACACACGAGAGACGGCGCAGGCGCAGGACUUUGACACGGAUUGGAGGGAUGACGGGUAUGUUGGGCCCAUGUUCCUUUAUAUCUUCUAUGGCUUUUAUGAUGCAGCUUGGCAAGCGACUGUCUAUUGGUUCAUGGGCGCUCUCUCAAACUCAGGUCGUCGCUGCGCAAACUACAUUGGCUUCUACAAAGGCAUUCAAUCAGCCGGCGCAGCCAUCUCCAACAACCUGGACGCUAGAAAAGUGUCAUUUGAAGCACAAUUCAUCAGCAACUGGGUACUUUUGGCUGCGUCAUUAAUCAUUGCGUCACCUGUUAUUUUUCUCAAGAUCCGCGAUCAUGUUGGUUUGGAACAAGAUCUUGAAGGAACAGAUGAAACAAUGGCAGAUAUUGCACCGCAUAUUGUUGCAAACUCGGGUCAUGCUGGGGAUAAUUUUGAAAUGGAACUCGAUGAGUUUGAUGUCAUAUUAUGCACGAGUCCGUUGCGGAUCAUGCCUGAUGUGGCAUCUCUGCUUACGCCGCGUCUUCCUAUUCGCUCUCGCUGUCUCGCUUUUCGCUGCGCGACAACUCGCGAGAUGAUGAUCUUUAGUGCUGAUGAUCCUGCAGAAUUGAUGGAUUUGUGGUAUUGGGAAAAGCUCUUCCGAAAGAAGAAGAUGAAAGCCUCCAAUUUCUUGUUGUCUCUCCUCCCUCUGACCGCCGCUGCGACGAGCAUUCCCCAGCCUCGGUCAGUUUCUGCUCUUGAGCCAGCUACAUCCGCCGAAUGCUGCCCCUUCACCUACAAACCAACAUGUACCAAGAAUCUCGAACGGGUAUAUCACAUCAAACUCUUCUAUAACCGAAAGCAAGGCAUCACGCCUGAGCAGUUCAGUGCUUACUGGGCCAACAACCAUACCAAGACUGCUGGAGACUUCCACUUACGAUUUGGGGUUUACAAGUACUCGCAGUACCACUCUACUCCUGAGCUUCGAGACCUUCUUCGCGUCCCUGGUGGAGCCCCAGUGCUUGAGUUCGACGGCGCUGCGGAGUUUUGGGUCCCGACAAUGGAGACUUUCCAGGCCAUGGGAUCCGACCCAUUCUACAGAGAUGUUAUUACAACUGACGAGAACAAUUUCAUUGAUCAUUCUUCUAUGAGAAUGAUUGUUGGUUUCGAUUACAUCAUGGUGGAUAAUCAGAACGCUGUCACGGAGCAUGGUCGGACCUUUCAAUAG